GCCAUCAUGUCGUCCACCUUACAAGCUUCGUCGUUUACAUCGUUCGGACUAUUUUGUCUAUUCUGGCUCUUAAUAUCAGCUUUCCAGUAUGGCUUCCACAUCUCUGCACUCAACCAAAUCAGUGAUGUUCUCACAUGUCGAGAUACCCAGGAUGCAUCCAAAACAAUCUUCUACCGUCACCUGCUACCAUCAUGUAUCCCGAUGACAGAUGCAGAAUUCUCCGUCGUCACUUCGGCAUUUACUAUUGGUGGACUCUUUGGCAGUCUCAUUGGUGGUGGUCUUACUGAAAGAAAGGGAAGAAAGGGUGCACUUCUCAUCGAUGCAUUCAUCACUUUGGCAGGUGCGCUUGCGCUUACAUUUGCACCGGGCAUGUUCACACUGGGGCUUGGUCGCGUGCUCGUUGGUCUUGGAGCGGGAAUCGGCGUAUCCGUAGGACCUGUCUUCCUAGGCGAGCUCGCACCACCUGCAAUAAAGGGUGCAACAGGCGUACUCUUCCAAGUUGCAAUUGUAUUCGGUAUCUUGACCACGCAAGGAAUUGGUCUUUCACUCGCAUCACCUUGGACAUGGCGUUAUGUUCCCUUCGCAUCCGCAGCUCUUGCUUUCGUUCAACUUGCUAUCGCUGCUGCUGUCCCGGAGAGUCAUGCUUGGCUCUCAGGGAAUGGACAGGCUCGGGAGGCGGAACGUGUCCGUGAUAAACUGUGGGUUGGCGGUGGAGGCGCAGCUUAUUCUAGAGUAAGUCACGAUCCGGAAGCGGCCGACAGCGACGAUGAAGACAUUGCGGAUCCACCAGCUGUCUUCACUGCGCAUUCAGCCAACAAAACCCUCUCUCUUGGUGCGCUUCUACGUGCUCCGGAACUACGCACACCUGUUCUCGUCGUAGUGAGCGCGAUGGCCGCACAACAAUUCUCCGGAAUCAACGCUGUGCUGUACUAUAGCAACUUGAUACUCGGCAAGACCUUACCUGCGUUAGGGCCGUAUGUGUCACUUGCGAUCACGGUUGUGAACGUUGCGAUGACGUUUCCGCCUGUCUUCCUCAUCGAGCGCAUGGGCCGCAAAUCCCUCCUCAAUAUCUCAAUGCUCGGCGCCUUCGUCUCUCUCCUCGCAGUCGGCUAUGGCCUCGAUACUAACCAGAAGGUCCUAGCGAGUACGGCGAUCAUCACGUUCGUUGCGUCUUUUGCGUGUGGGAUGGGACCUGUACCAUUCGUGGUUAUUUCGGAUAUCGCUCCGUAUCAUGCCGUAGGCGCGCUUUCUUCCGCAGCCCUCUCAUUAAACUGGAUAGCAAACUUCACAGUCGGCCUAAUCUUCCUCCCCCUCCGCAACUUCCUCUCCCAAGACGACCCAGAACACCAAGAAGGACGCGUAUUUUACGUGUUCGCAGCUACCCUCGUUGGGUUCGGCGCGAUGCUGAAUGUGGUGUAUCGGGAGAAGAGGGAGGCUGAUCGUCGAUAACCAAUAUAGGAUUCAUAAGGAAUAAGGAUGAAUUCGUCUUGCCGCCGGAACAUGAGUACUUACUAGUGGGAGAGUUAAGUGAGUAUUUGCGUCUUUACAGUAUACGUUUGACGCUAUUUCUUGUUCCUUCGUUUUCUCGAUCUCCUUCUGCUCCUUGGAACUCGUUUUUGCAUAGUUGUAGUUUUGCUUCUCACUUUCUCAAUCAAGGAAUACUUUCCAUCUGUACAAUAUACAUGCAUUACAUCAUCACUGUCGUCA